AUGAGUGAUCUACCAGCUCCGUACAAUUAUCAAGACUUGAUGCUUGCGCCUUCGCCUGCGGUAUCUCAAGACCUCUGGGCUGAGACAAUCGAUGACAAAUCCAGAAAAGCGCUGCGCGUUGUUUCUGACGAUGUCCUUGCUCGAGGCUCCCUAGCCAUUCAACUCGGAUUGCCCCGAAGGAUUCUUGAGCUCACUGACUUGAUAGAUCGUUCCAACAAGGAUGAGAGUUCAAUCUUUCAUGAAAAGUGGGACAUACGCUGGUUUGCACAGAUGAGGUCACCAAUCUCCUCGCCAGCCGCAAACAUGUCGAGUUUCUCGUUAAUAGGAGUCAGUACCAACAACAUUCCUGUCAAGGAUCCUGUCAACGGCAUAGUUAGCGACGGCGCUUCAACCACCACGCGUAGAUUCAGUAUCAGCCAACAAUGCGGCUUGAGCGAAAUCUCAAUACCAUCUUCAAUUUCCGUUUAUCGCCCGCCGCCUCACAUUCUUCAGUUGUGGGACUUUCUCGAGUCCCAGAUUCGCGGUGUGAUCGAUCUUUUUGAUGCAGUUCAAAUGUACUUGAUUUUGAAGACGCCUGUAGCUGAGGAAGGAAAUAACACAGGAGUCGAGAUUCAACAGCAAUGCGCCCGAACCUUGGUAGAUGCGAGGAGAUUUGUUCUCGGGUGCGAAAAUUACUUGAAGCUUUAUCAUACUCAACGCGCUAAGCUAGCUUCUAAGUGCAUCAAGUACCCCCAGCUAGAAGAUUAUCAACGCGCCCUCGUCGAGCGUGACCACGAAGAGUGUCGAGAUUGCCGAUACUUAUUAGUAAGAUUGCGCAUGCAAUGUGUUGCAGUUGCAGACGUUCUUCACAAAAACUUCGAGAAAGUCAGCGAUCCCAAAGGCUUGACCCGAGGUGGGGCUUCUGUAGGAAUGUAUUGA